GUGUCACCAGAGACGACAGGCGCUGAACGUUGUCUUUUGAGGUCACCUUUGAGAAACAGCCCUUGCAAGUUGAAUAAGGUUUGGGAGUGGCAAGAGCAGGAGGAGGAGACUUUUAGGAGCUGUUGGUGUCGAAACCUGCAAGUUGUCCCAGUAAUGUGAUCAGACGUGAGCGAGGAUACCACAGCCUCUGGGACAGCUGUGAAGUCGGCACCCUUGUGCUACUGGAGAAGAUUAUAGCACACUGCUCCCACUCUGCUCAGAAAGAUGCUGGGAGGCUGGCUAUUGACCAUCCUGGUGUCUGCCGGUGUCGGCUCAGUCCUUGUGGUGGUGGCCCUCUUCGUGCUCCUCAGAAACAACGUCUACGCGAUCAUCUUCUGGAACGAAAUUGUCCUAGAGAAGAUCACCAAUUUUGUCAUGGACCAGAGCAAGGAGCAGAGGAUUUUGAACUCCGUGUCGUACAAUGCGGUCAAAGGGAGUCCCGAGAGCGUCAUGGACUGCAUAGACAAGUACUGCUCCCAGAAAGAGUGGGCCAUGAACGUAGGAGACGAGAAAGGUUUGAUCCUUGAUCAGAUGGUACAGGAGGCCGACCCCAUGGUCGUUUUGGAGCUGGGAACAUACGUUGGCUACUCAGCGAUCCGGAUGGCUCGGCUUUUGAAACCAAAGGCUCGGCUUCUCACCAUUGAAUUCAACCCCGAGUUUGCCGCGAUCGCAAAAGAAAUUAUCGAGAUUGCUGGCGUCAGCGAUAAGGUGACGAUCCUCGAGGGCCAUUCGGAGGACAUUAUCCCGCAGCUGAAGAAAAAAUACGAGGUGGACACCCUGGAUUUUGUCUUCCUGGACCACUGGAAAGAAAGAUACACACCAGACACCAAGUUGCUGCAAGAAUGUGGUUUGCUGAGGAAGGGCUCCAUUCUCCUGGCUGACAAUAUCAUCUUCCCUGGGGCGCCCGAGUUCGUCAAGUACAUCCGGAACAACCAGCGCUUUGAGUGCACCACCUUCCUUUCUCACCUGGAGUACAUGAAGGCAGAGGAUGCCAUGGAAAAGGCUGUCUACCUGGGAUAGAAACUGAGAGAGAACCUGUGUUCUGUUCACAACAGUACCUCUGUGAGCACACGCCUUAGUCCUGUCUGUGCUUUAGCUUUCUGUCAUUUUGGACUUGCAAUUAAAGCAAGUUAUGAUGUGAGCCCUCUGUUUAAAACAGGCCUGCUCAACUUCGGCCCUCCUGCAGAUGUUGGCCUACAGUUCCCAUAAUUCCUGGCUAUUGGCUGCUGUGGCUGAGAAUUAUGGGAGUUGUAGUCCAAAAACAGCUGGGGGGGCCUAAGUUGAACAGGCCUGGUUUAAAAGGAUCAUAUUAAAUCCAUUAAUGAUUUAAUCGACUAACCCUAUUAAAAAGAAAGCUGGGCUGUAGGAGGCGCUUUUGUCGAAAUAGGCUAGGUGUAGCAUCCAAGGACAGUUUUGUGGUUUUUCUACUUUUGAUUUACAGACAUUUUCAAUGAUCAAUGGAAACAUGGUAAAAUCAACUGCAUCGGUUGGGCUUCUGUUUCUAAAAACAGCAAGGCCAACCGGCUUUAAGUCCAAAAUCGUAAAGUUUGCUUUGUGUUCCUUAGCCAAACACAAAAAGCAAACCAAGAGAUAGAAUCUCAAGGUGCUGUGAAGAAAGAGCCCGAUGCGUUUCAGCCACAAGAGGCUUUCUCCAGGGGCAACGUUUUAGCCUCUUGUUUUGCUUUUGGGCUGGGUGCUUCCUGUUUCCCCCCCCCCUGUCCUGUCCAGUUUGUUUACAGUCACUGACCAGAUAAUCUGCAUUUUUUAACUAAACAUAAUUGGUGAGAAAUACCAGUGAGUAGGUUGAUUCUUGAAAGCUUGCCAGUGGGGUGUGUGGAUAUUUGCUUAUUUUGUACAACUGACUGUGUCUGCUAGUUUGGAGGAGGCGGAAACCUCGGCUGGCACUUUGCUUCUUACUUUUGGGAACCCUUCACUACACACACAGUCCUGCAAGCAACAUGCAGUUGGAAGCCAUCCAAUAUUUCAUAGACAGACCUAGAGAGACACACAAUGCUAAUACCCCAAUUCACUUAUCAAGGAUCACUGCCAAAGUGUGCGUGUGUCUGGACGGAGGGCUCUGCUCUUAUCUUCUCUCUGCUGUAUUUAUUUCCUGUGCAAAUCAUCUCUCCAAACCAAGCAGGUGUGUGCCCAAUUUGAAAUUUCUCCACCUUGCUGUCAAGGAACAGACAUUAUGAGCGGGAGUUGCCAAGCAAUUCUGCUUGUCCCGGAAAUGCUAAACUGGUAAAUUGAUAAGGCCUGCAUUUUGCUUUAUUUUGAAAUAAGCUCGUGAAGCAAUUUAAAAACAUCAUUUACCAAUGUUUGUUUAUAGAGAGAGAGAGAGACCUUCGAUGUUAAAAUGCAUUCCUGGCACAUGAAACCUUAAAUUAGAAAAGGGAUGCUGGAGUGAAGAAAUGACAGCUUGGCACGCCACCUCCAAAAGGCUGAUGCCCCCCUACCCUGGAGCAGUCGCUAUAAGAUUAGUCAAGCAAAACGGGUCUUAGAAGGAAAGGUUGACUCGUGGCGUUUGAUUCCUGAACACCCAUCACACCUCUCUCUAGUAGAACACACACACACAAAACAAACCAUUAGAACCCUGUUGGAAAUGUUGUGUUUGUCAAAGGGACCAGUCAUGCUGACUGAUGACUGUUCAGCUUUCUUUUACUGUUCCUGGGGCCAAGGUACACACUCUCGUUAAAUGCCUAGCCUGGCCCUUCAUGCUAAUUGUUUGCAUUGAAAUGCCAGCCAUGGUGGCUCAGGCCCAAGGCCUAUCUAGUCCAGCAUCCCUUUUCACACCGUGGCCCACCAGAUGCAUCUGGGAAGCCCACAGGCAGGAGAUGAAGGCAUGCCCUCUCUCCUGCUGUUACUCCCCUGCAACUGGCAUUUGGAGGCAUCUUGCCUCUGAGGCUGGAAGUGACCUAUAAAGGGGGUGAGGAUGAUCAGAACUGGAACCAUGAGAAGGGGGGGUCCCCCCACCCCUCUGCUGUUCUGGGCUGCCAUUCUGGGCACUACAUUUUAAGGAGGAUAUUGAUAAACUGGUGUGGGUUGAAAGGAGGACAGCAUAGACGACGAGGGGAGCUGCUCUUGUGGUAGCAAGCAUGACUUGUCCCCAUAGCUAAGCAGUGUCUGCCCUGGUUGCCUCUGAAUGGGAGACUUGAUGUGUGAGCACUGGAAGAGAUUCCCCUCAGGGGAUGGAGCCGCUCUGGGAAGAGCAUCUAGGUUCCAAGUUCCCUCCCUGGCAGCAUCUCCAAGAGAGGGCCGAGAGAGAUUCCUGCCUGCAACUUUGGAGAAGCCACUGCCAGUCUGUGAAGACAAUACUGAGCUAGAUGGACCAAUGGUCUGACUCCGUAUAUGGCAGUUUCCUAUGUUCCUAUGGGGGGGGGGUCUGAAAACUAAGACCUAUGCGGGAGCUGGGUCUGCUUAGCCUGGAGGAGAGAAGACGAAGAGGAAACAUGAUCACUCUCUUCAACUAACUGCAGGGCUGUUGCUCUUGAGGGAAGGAAUAAAGCAAUGCGGAAGAAGCAGAUAUAGGCUAGACAUUAGGAGGAAUUUCCUAACAGUAAGAGCCGUUUGUCUGAAAACCUCCAGCAAUGGAGGUAGAUGGAUCCUCUGUCAGAGGCUGGACAGCACUUUUCAGAGAUGCUGUUGCCCUUUCUUCCUCUGAGUAGAGGGUUUUGAAGAGCUCUAAGGGACCCUUCAGUUCUAAAUUUCUGUGGCUCUUACCGCCUCUCCUAAUGUUACCGCCAACUCGUCUGGUGGAUACACUGAGACGGGCCUUCUCGGUCGCUGCCCCGAGACUGUGGAAUGUGCUCCCUGCUGAGAUACGAUCCUCCCCAUCUCUGGCAAUUUUCAAAAAAACCAACUGAAAACCCGUCUUUUUGCCCAAGCUCUAUCGGCUUCCUAAAAAAAAAAAAAAAAAAUCGGUUUUAAUUUCUAGUUUAUUUUUAUUUAUUUUUUAGUUUUUGUAUAUGUUUUUAACUUGUUUUAUGCUAUUGUUAGCCGCCCAGAGACGAAAGUUUGGGGCGGUGUACAAAUUAGAGAGAGAGGAGAGAGAGAGAGGACAGAGGAGGAAGAGAGGAGAGAGGAGAAAGAGAGGAGAGAGAGGUCUCUGUGUAGGGAGAGGUUUGUCACUAAGUCGUCCGUUGCCACUGGAGCCAACUGGCAGAUUCCCUCUCCAAGCAAAUGGCAACCUUGUGUGUGUGUGGGGGGAGAAGUGUUUUGGGGAAAAGUUCUCUUUCUGCACGGUUCCUGAUCCUCUCCCCUCCCUGCUUUGUGGCUGCUGUCUGCAUUGGAAAGAAAUGAGCCUGAAAGGCCAGGCAUGUUCAGUGUCACGUGUUAAGUUGGCCCUUGCCUUUCCGCCUUCUACAGCCAAGUCACAUCAUUGCUUACAAGUGAGAGGCCAACACAGAGAAUUACCGCGUCUUGCUAAAAGUUACGUACUGCUGGUCACUGGUCUAAAAUGACAUGCAAUUCAGAUUUAUAAAUAAAAAUAGUUUUUCCAAAGAGAA